CACGCUUUCUUACGUGGAUGACCAACUUAAGCAACAUUUGGAGUUUUUUGCUUUGUAUAAUUGGAGUUUCUUUUUCUUCCUGCGUGCAAAGGGCUGAGCGGAAUUGGGUAUUUCACUUCUUCAUUUUGUAUAAAUGUACAUUUCACCACUUUAUUCAUUAUUCUUCACAUGCCACACUGAGGAACACGACAAGGAAACGAUAAGAAGCAAUACUCAACUUACCAAGAAAAUGAAUGCCACCCUGUCCAACACAACCAUGAAGUGUGUUCGGGACACAAGUGUGACUUCUUUGGUGUUCCCCUGUCUGUACAGCAUCCUCUUUAUCGUCGCCCUGGUACUGAAUUUGCUUGCUGCAUGGAUCUUCUUCCAUGUGCCCACCACUUCCACAUUUAUAGUCUUUUUGAAAAAUGUGGUGGUGGCUGACUUGCUGAUGACUCUGACCAUCCCUGUGAGAGUCCUCAGCGAUGCAGGUGUGGGUUUCUGGCAACUGCGUGCCUUCCACUGUCGAUACUCUGCCGUCCUCUUCUACGUCACCAUGUACAUCAGCAUCCUGUUGUUGGGCCUCAUAAGCUUGGACCGUUAUCUGAAGAUAGUCAAACCUUUUACGAAGUGCGCCCUGCUGCGCGUGCGUGUUGGGCAGAUUGUGAGUGUGGUUGUGUGGGUUGUGAUGCUCUCCCUGGCUCUACCCAAUGUCAUUCUCAGUGGCCAGACCCCAAAGAUCUCUGGAGGUAAACUGAAGUGCACCUCCAUGAAGAGCAAAGCUGGACUGCUUUGGCAUGAAGGAUUCAACUAUUUUUGUCAGGUGAUUUUCUGGGGCACGCUGGCCUUGAUGGUGGUUUGCUACACGUUCAUCAGCAAGAAGGUGUAUGAGUCAUACAAAACCUCAAAGAGCAGUUCGGAAACAGCCAGUCGCAAGACCAAAGCAAAGGUCUUUGUGGUAGUUGGAGUGUUUUUUAUCUGCUUCGCCCCAUUCCACUUUGCACGUGUCCCCUACACACUGACCCAAACACGAAACGCAGUGAGUCACUGCCAGGCACAGAAUGCACUCUAUGUUGCUAAGGAAACCACCCUGUGGCUAUCAGCCACAAAUGUCUGUCUGGAUCCACUUAUCUACGUGUUCCUGUGCAAGGUGUUUAGAAAACGUCUCACAGCUACUUUCAGCCGUAAACCACUUCACAAAAGCAUCACCGAGUCUGCCACAGCAACAUCAACUCAGCUGGAAAUGUCACAGAUGGCUCAGAGCAGCAAAAUGCCACAUAAUGGCUUAGCACAGUAAUACAAAUAUAACAUGUAUCAGGACAUCAGCAUCGUCAAAGACAGUUGGAUUUGAGACGAUGUCUUUGCUCUAAUUGUAAAUACUUUGUUCCCCAAAUCCCAAAACUAACAUGUGGGGAGUACAAGCUUAUUGGAUGGGCAAGUACUCCUGGGGCAAUCAUACAUCUUUACACCGAUGAUAACCAGUGCUUCAACAUCAGUCUCAGAUGUCCCUUUUUUUAUAUUUUACGAAACCGGCACGUUUCGCUUUUAUUUGCCAAGCCAGGCCGCAUAUUACUACAAGGUUGCUUAAUAUCUUCCGUCACUUCUUGCUCUCUAAUCUUACUCAGACUGCACUUUCCUUCUUUUAGACAUAACAACUGACAAUGCAUUUCACAAGCAUCACAAAAGAUGUGAUGGAAGACUGAAUGAUAAUAUCUGAGAGCAAUAGACACCUUUUAAGAUUAAGCCUGUUUGCAAUAUGAUGUACGAUAAUUAUUUUCUGCAUACUGUUUCAUUUUUGCACUGGAGUUUUAACUUAUUUAGAGGUUAUGGGGAGGGGGGGUUACACUUAACUCCCGACACAAUACAUGUCAUGAUACAUCGACACAUCGUGCAAAGGCAACAGGCAUCGCCUCAAAAAGACAGAGUCAUAGAAGGUCAAGCCAGAGUAAAUCAUAAUUACAUUAUUAAAAAUUAUUUUUUCCAUGUGUAUUUUUAUUUCUAAAUAUGUCUUAUUCAUUUAAUAUCUUCUGUAUAGUGAAUGAACUGCAUGGUGAAUGUAAACAACUGUUUAAUUUCAUUUGUACAUUUAAUUAUUAUUUAUGUACAUCUGCAUCAUCAUCAUCUGAUAUUGGCAUAAUAAAUCUUUUUUG